GAAUAAGAAGAAGAUGGGUUACGUUCUGAGAGUACGAGCUGCGUCAUUCUUUGCAGGGGCUGCGGCGGCGUCGUUUUUGGGGAUUUACAUUCUUCAUAACGAUUACAAGGUUGCCCAUGAAGCAAUUUCUCAACAGAUGAAAGGUUUGCACGAGUCAUUGGAUAGACGAGUUUCGGCUCUAGAAAAGUUGAAACAAAAUGAAGCUUUGCAGCCUGCAGAAGCAACUGACUAGGUGCCUUGACAGUGCUUCUGUUUCUCGAUGUUGUGAAACUAAAAGUCCAUUGUCUCACCUUUUUUCGUUUAGUACCCGAAUAAUUACAACCUUUGAGUGUAUGAAGACACUUGUUGGAUUACAAAUUACCUGAUGUCUUCAUUAUCUGCAUUUUGUGUCAGAUCAAAUUGGUUCUUACAUUUGAACUUGUUCCAAUAUUGCAAAUGCACUGUGCAUAUGCAUUUGUUAGUAAUUUUUUUGGGAGAAAUGAAAUACAAAUAUGCUUUCUUAAUUAA